GUACGAACACGAUCGCUGAAAGCCUAAUAGCUGAAGAAAAGUGUCAGUGCGAAGUGAUCCGGCUGAUUCCGCUGAUUCGGCUCGCUUCUUCGUUUUUGUUAUGAUUGUGUAUCGUUUAUUUUGCCGGGAUAUUUUUAGAUUUGGUAGAGCAUCCUGUGUCACUUCAUCAGUUCGUUCGUUUAACAUCAUGGUAGAUGCUAAAUUGGAAGCAGUCCCGCCAGUGGAGAUCGACGAGGGAAUCUUCAAAUACGUGCUGAUCAAGGUCUAUGGGAAGGAGAAAUCUGAUGGCAGCGAGCCAAGCAAAAACAUUGUUCGGGGAUUCGCUCGUGCCAAUUGGCAUUCGGAUAUCUAUGAUGAGGUGAGCUCCUCGCUCGAAGGACUGGGCCUGGCAACGGAGUGCCUUGGAGGAGGCCGAAUUGAACAUCGCGCCGACCGGAAAUGGAUAAAAAUUUAUGGAUAUUCGCAGGGCUACGGCAAGGCGGACCACCAGGAAGCGCGACGAAUACUUUUGACUCAAUACAGUGGAUAUGAAAUUGAAACAUCGGACGAGGGUUAUUAGUCAUAAAAUAAAUGAAACGGGUUGACUGAA